CAUCAACAUACUCCACAUAUUCAUCAUAUCACUAGAUUCCAUCAGGGCUACAUCAUGGUUUCCCUUAAAAACUUCUAUACUCCACGCGACGCUCGCGAGCGGGUCUUCGCCGAUAUCAGGAGCGUCCUGUCAGCUGUCCUUGACUUCUGCAUUGCCAACAAGGACUUGCUGACCCAGGAGGAGCGAUCGUCUAUUAUAAAUGAAUACCGCAGUCUUGUAGUUGCUCAUGUUCAGGCGAACGACGACAAGGACAGAUGUUUUAAUAGCACCUUGCCCGGGCUACUCAAGAAGUGCGAGAAAUUGCAGUCGAGGGUACAGUGGGCGUGCACCAAACACAAAGAAGAUGAAUUCAUGAGAGCUCCAGCAGCUAUAGUUACCCCUGGAUCUUCCAAAUCAUCCAUUGCGCUGAUUGAUCCCGACCCAUCUCUCAGGGCCCCAUCCGAAAUUUCCAUUUCAGCUCAGUCCAAUCCCAAUCUUGCCACGACAGGCGGAAACGGCUCGAACCCGAGCACUCCCAGCCUUUUAACAGGUACAAGCAAUUCUGUAGUCUCCGCCAGUAUUCCUGUAGUCCAAGAAACAACCUCGAGCACCUCCGCAGCACCCACGGAGAGAAGUCCACUUGCAUCGCCUAGCGACACAAACUGCAUGAUAUUCGACCAACAAUCGUCUGUUGGGUCACCUACAUUUAACAUUGACUCCGAGGGGGCAAUCGGAGCAACGGUUAUAUCCCGUGGUGACGAUCCAUCUCCUAGGAUCUCACCACAAGGACUGCAGCCGUUCACAAGCGCUCGCCAGCCGCAGACAGCUCCCACCAUGAGUCGUGACAGUGUCAUGUAUUUCGGCCCUGGCAUGACAGUGGAUAGCCCGACCUUCAACAUCCGGUCUAAGAAAGCUACUGGCAUCAUGGAAGUGCAACGAACUGCUUACUUCUCAGAACCGUUGACUGAACCAUUCCGUUGAACAAGUUAUUUAUAAUACUCACAAGCUUUGCACCUGGGGAUGUGAGCGUAGAGUAUUAGACGAAAUUGUAAAUAGCUGUGCAUAACGGUAGCGAGUUGUAGGUCUAUAUAUUUAGAUAGUACAUAUGUGACAUCGAAUGCGUUUCAAAAAGGCUUCUUCUAUUCACUGUGCCAGUUGUACUAUCCCUUCCACUGCAAUCGGCACCCCACAGAAGUCGGCAGUCACGCAAAUGUCACUGUGAGUCAUGAUAUGUCAUGUAGG